GUGCUGUAGAUUCAGAGCAGAUCUUCAUAGUAAAGCUGAGGUUCCUCCGGUCUGUGUUUAUUGUUAGCAGCGUGCUAAUUCAACCAAAACACUGCGAGCCCGCUGGAGUGACUGUGAAGCAGACACCAGUUAAAAAGAAUCGCAUGUUCUGCGUGUGAGUGAAGCAGGUCUUAAGAUGCUGCUCUCUUUGGGAAUGCUGAUGCUCUCGGCCACACAGAUUUACACCAUCUUCACGGUUCAGCUAUUCGCCUUCCUCAAUCUGCUGCCCGUGGAGGCCGACAUAUCAGCUUAUUCAUUGGACAAUAAGACAGAGAGCUUUGAUGAUCUGCCGGCUCGAUUCGGCUACAGGCUGCCCAGUGAAGGACUAAAGGGUUUCCUGAUGGGAGCCCGACCGGAGAACGCCUGCGUGCCGAUCGCCCCCCCUCCCCUGCGGGACAACCGCAGCAGCGCCUUCAUCGUGCUGAUCAAGCGCUUCGACUGUAACUUUGACGUCAAGGUCCUCCAUGCGCAGAAGGCCGGCUACAAGGCGGCGAUUGUCCACAAUGUGGACUCUGAGGACUUAAAUCAGCAUGGGAUCCAAUGAUCGUAAGUUC